AUGCCGGGUGAUGAAGAUAUGGAUAUGGAGGAUGCGCCAAGGAUGGAGAUCGUAAGCCCUCGGACUUCGCUAGCCGCCGGUGGCGGCGCCGGCAGCUUCCUGGUGGACCACGACAGAGACGACGACGACAGCGACGAUCGCAUCGAAGCAGAUGCCCAGACCACGGUGACCGACUUCCUCGACUUUACCGAAUACCUACCCUCGGAUGUGGUUCGAUCACUGACCCUCAUCGGCAACCUGGACGAGAAGUACGCGGACGCGUCGGCGCGCGUGCACCAGCUCGCGGCGCAGUGGGGCCAGCUGCCCAACCUGCCCGCCACCGCCGAGGGUGAGGGCAGGACGAGGCCGGUGCCCGCUAAGCUGCGCGCGGACAUAUCGGAGCAGCUGGGCAGGUUGGUCAACUCGCGCGUCUUUGCGCACGCGGAGGCCGUCCGCAUGUCGGACAAUGUCGGCAGGCACUACCUCAAGGCCAAGGUGCUCCUGUCCAAGCUACGAGCCAUGAUGGACAAUUACCCUGCCCAAGAGCAGCAGCUCAGACAGCAGCAGCCUCCGCUGCGUAGGAGUCCUGUGACGGCGGCGGCGGAGGCCGACGAGGCACCCCGAGAGAACGGUGACGAUGACGACGAAGACGACACAGCUGCACCUGCACCUACGCCGGCACCUGCGCCUGCACCUGCACCUGCACCUGCACCUGCACCUGCACCCGCUCCUCACCAGAGGAAGCAGCCCAAGAUACCCAAGAUUACGGUGCCCGGUGAGGUCCUGGCGCCCUACGAUAUCGAGUACGACACCUUUAGCGGCGGGAGCGAUGACAGCUCUGAAGACGAUUAUGAGGUGGCCCCCGUCGGUCGCAAGACCUCUGCGGCAGCAGCAGCAGCAGCAGCCGAAGCAGCAGCAGCAGCAGCGGUAACGGCGACGACACCGCGCCCCAGACCUGCCGGUGCAGUCACACCCGGUAGACCGCCCAAGUCAGUGGGGCGGCCGCCGCGACCGCCGGCGCCCCAGACGCCCGGCCCAACGAGCGAGGAGAUCGCCGCGCACGCUGCGGCGCUUCUGCGGCCCCCGCCGGACAAUGCCGUGGUAGGCAGCCCGGACGCGCCCUGGCUCCAGCUGACCGAGUAUGAGCUGGCCAAGCUGCGCAAGCGGAUGAAGAAGAACGCCACGUGGACGCCUAGUGAGACCAUGGUGGCGCGCGAGCUUCGUGUGCUGGGCCGGGGACCGGAAGACUACAGGUCGGCCAAGAAGCAGGCCGAGGACGAGGGCAAGACGUUUGAGCCCGUCACGCCGGCCGCCAUCACCGAGGACGCCACGGGCCUGCGCCACCUGCCCGCCGGCGCUAUCAGCGCCGACUCGGCCACGGCGGAGGAGAUGAUGCCCAUGAGCAAUCGGGGCAUGAAGCUCAACGAGGCCAAGAAGAUGAAGAGGGAGGCCCUGGCCAAGCUGGCCGCCGAGGAGGCCGAGGAGUCAGCUAGGAAGAUGGCUGCCGCGGCCAAGCUCUUCCUGGGCGGCGGCGGCAGCGGCAGCGGCACCUCGUCCAACACCAGUCCCUCGGACAGCCAGCACAGGGAUGGCGGCGGCGGCUCCAGGGGCCCCGGAAGGCCCCCCGGCAGGAGGCCGAACGCCCAGAAACGCAAGAGGGCGGACGCGGAUGUCGACGUCCCCGCUGCCGCGAACGAUGCCGCCGACAACACGCCCUCGGCGAGACCUCAGAUCAAACGCACGAAGACGGAGACGCCCGUGCCGCCCCCCCAGCUGGGCGGCGGCGGCGGCAUGGCCGGCAGUCAGAGCAGUAGCGGUGGCCUCCCCGCCGCCGCCGCCCCCCCCGCCGCCCCCCCUCCUGCUGCACCGACAGGGACGGCGACGUCUACUCCCGUCGAGACCCCGGUCCCUCUCCCGAUGACAGUGCAGAGAUCGGCCAGCGUGACGAGGGCGGGCGCCAAGUCGCCGACGCCCGGAAGCGCAGGGAACCCCGGUAACGCCGGCUCAACCACGGCAUGCGUGCCCACCAAGCCGCCCAUGACGGAGACGCCCGUCCCGCUGCCCAGAUCCGACAGGCGCAAGUCGACCACACCCGCCGUGGCCGCGACGACCACCCCCACGCCUACGCCUGCACCCUCCGCUCCUCUCCCACCGCCUAAGCGCGAGACGCGCGGAGAGGCAGCUAAACGCACAGUCCCGGCCGGCGUCCCUACCGAGGAAGCGAGUACGACCAUCACUACGGCUCCGCAGCAGCAGCAGCAGCAGCAGCGUGAGCUCCGACACUCAUCACGAGGUCCCGCAACCUCCUCCGAUGUCGGUUCCCGACGACCCAGCUCAUCGCGAGGAUCGGGAACCAAGGCUCUCAGCCAGGAACCGCAGAAGCCCGGCUCCUCCUCCCCGUCGACGGGACUGCUUGUCACGCCCUCGGCAGCAGCAGAUCGGCCCAGGAGGGCGAGCACGGCGCGCAACACGCCUGCUCCCCCCGACACUGCAGGGCCUGCAGGAUCAGCGGUGGCGGCGGCGGCGGCGGCGGCGGCGGCAGCGGCAGCGCCCCCACCUAGUCGACGCUCUACGCGGCCAGCUCCCGGGAUCGUUAGUACCACCAGCAGCGGCGGCAGCGCGGCGGUGGGCAAGAGGAAGGCUGCUCCCAAGCGGAAGGCUCGGGGUGAAGAUGUUGAGGAGUUGGAGGAUGUGGAUGAUGAGGGGAACCCGAUUGAUCCUGAUGAGGAGCGCGCGGACGACGAAAUGGUAUUGUCCGGACUGUCGAAAGGCUCUUAA